AUGAAUCCCUACAACACGCGCAAGGGCGUCUUCCAUGUGUAUCAGCUUUUCCCUCCACUGCACAUUGCCGCACCUGCUGUCACCUAUCGCAAACACUUGAUCGAAAAGAUCACAAAAGAUGGAGAUGGUCUUGCUUUCAUGCACAUUUAUAGCUUCGAUCAAAACGGACAGGUCGAAAUCAAAGCUAAAUUUCAGAAUGUGUUCAUCAUGUGCAACCUUAUCCAUUUUGUUUGGCAGGGGUUGCACCAAGAUUUCCUUGGCGAGACUGAGGAACAGCAAAUCAAAAAUUUGAAGUUCAUGUGGGCACUCUUCGACGCAGUGACAUUCUGCAGCCUCGACAAACAGUUUGAAGUCCAGGUGAAAGUGGAUAGUUUUGGAAGAAUGGGAUCCAAUCACAAGUUCCUAUAUAUCCUCAGUGUGAUGAACAACCUUUCCGGGGACGAGCGAGUACAGUUUCACAACUUUUUGCAUAGUUUUGAUUGUACUAGUAAUACUGGAUAA